GUGCAGCGGGGGAGUGUCAUAACGGGGAGUGUCCCGGUCCAGAAGCAUAAACAGCGGCUCUGCGCUGCGCCGCCCCGCCGACUCGAAGCCUCUCUGCUCCCACUGCAGCUAGAAGCACUCACCGCGGCUCAGUCAGGUCCACAACCGUCCGUCCGUCCCCGAUCACAACCUACGCUUUCAGGCAGGAUGGCAGCGCAACACCCAGAGUUUGAGCGAGCCGGAAAGCAGUCGGGCCUCCAGGUGUGGAGGGUGGAGAAUUUUGACCUGGUGCCUGUUCCCGAGAAGCUGUAUGGCGGAUUUUACACCGGAGACGCCUACCUCAUCCUCAACACUAUUAAACAACGCUCCGGGAACCUGCAGUACGACCUCCACUACUGGCUGGGUGAUUUAUGCACCCAGGAUGAGAGCGGCUCGGCAGCAAUCUUUACAGUACAAAUGGAUGACUUCCUGGGGGGAAAACCCAUCCAGUACCGUGAGGUCCAGGGACACGAGUCCAAAACCUUUCUUGGCUACUUCAAGUCUGGAAUAAAAUACAUGAAAGGGGGCGUGGCGUCUGGGUUCAAGCAUGUUGUCACUAACGAGGUGGUUGUGCAGCGGGUUCUCCAGGUCAAAGGUCGGCGUGUUGUCCGGGCAACAGAGGUGGCAGUCAGCUGGGACAGCUUCAACCAGGGAGACUGUUUCAUCCUGGACCUGGGAAAUGAGAUUUACCAGUGGUGCGGCUCCCAGAGCAACCGCUUUGAGAAGCUGAAGGCUACUCAGGUCGCCAAGGGUAUCCGGGACAACGAGCGCAGUGGGAGGGCCCGAGUCUAUGUCUGUGACGAGGGGGUGGAGAGAGAGAAGAUGAUAGAGGUAUUGGGUCCUAAACCAGAUCUGCCUCUCGGAGACACUGAUGACAUCAAAGCUGAUGCUUCCAACAGGAAGAGGGCCAAACUAUACAAGGUGUCCAAUGCCAGCGGAGGCAUGACCAUCGCCCUGGUGGCAGCAGAGAACCCGUUCACCCAGAGCGCCCUGGAGUCCGGCGACUGCUUCAUUCUGGACCACGGCUCCGAUGGCAAGAUCUUUGUCUGGAAAGGCAAAGACGCCAACAUGGACGAGCGAAAGGAAGCAAUGAAAGCUGCCGACGAGUUCAUCAAGAAGAUGGGGUACCCCAAACAAACUCAGGUCCAGAUCCUGCCAGAGAUGGGCGAGACGCCGCUCUUCAAACAGUUCUUCAAAGACUGGCGGGACAAAGAUCAGACAGAGGGCCUGGGCGUGGCCUACAUCGCUAACAGCAUCGCCAAGAUCGAGAAGGUGCCCUUUGACGCCGCCGGUCUGCACGACUCCCCCGCCAUGGCCGCUCAGCACGGCAUGGUGGAUGACGGCACAGGAGAGAAACAGAUCUGGCGUAUUGAGGGAUCCGACAAGGUGCUGGUGGACCCGUCCACUUACGGACAGUUCUACGGUGGAGACAGCUACAUCAUCCUUUACAACUACCGCCACGGAGGACGUCAGGGACACAUUAUCUACAUGUGGCAAGGAUCGGACUCCACCCAGGAUGAAAUUGCGGCCUCUGCUAUCCUUGGCGCCCAGCUGGAUGAUGAGCUUGGUGGUGGUCCUGUGCAGGUGAGGGUGGUGCAGGGGAAAGAGCCGGCCCAUCUGAUGAGUCUGUUUGGAGGACAGCCCAUGGUGGUGUACAAGGGAGGAACGUCCAGAGAAGGAGGUCAGUCCGCUCCUGCGGAGACUCGACUCUUCCAGGUGCGCUCCAACUCAGCAGGAUGUACCCGCGCUGUGGAGCUUGACCCUGCGUCAUCCAACCUGAACUCCAACGAUGCCUUUAUUCUGGUGACGCCCGGAGGCUCCUUCCUGUGGGUGGGGGUUGGUGCCAGUGACACGGAGAAGCAGGGAGCUCAGCAGCUGUGUGACAUCCUGGGAGUGUCUGCUUCUGAGCUGCCUGAGGGAGGAGAGACUGAUGAGUUCUGGGGCGCUCUGGGAGGAAAAACAGAAUAUCGGACUUCUACCAGACUCAAGGACAAGAUGGACGCUCAUCCACCCAGACUCUUCGCCUGCUCCAACAAGACUGGAAACUUCAUUAUUGAGGAGGUACCCGGGGAGAUAACCCAAGACGACCUCGCCACUGAUGAUGUCAUGAUCCUCGACACCUGGGAGCAGGUGUUUGUCUGGAUCGGAAAUGAAGCCCACGAGGAAGAGAAAACUGAAGCAGUGUCGUCUGCGGUUCGUUACAUCGAGACAGAUCCAGCCAACAGAGACCCCCGCACACCCAUCGUGAAGAUCAAGCAGGGCCAUGAGCCGCCCACCUUCACUGGUUGGUUCCUGGGCUGGGACCACGACUACUGGACCAGCGACCCCCUGGAGCGUGCUAUGGCUGAUCUGACCGUGUGAGACCUACGUCCCUCCCUAUUUGACCUCGCUGCACCGCCGCAAGCACUGCGCUGCAAUCAUAAGACUUUUUUAGCUGCCAAUACGCCCUGAAAAUGAGGAGUUAAUUUUUUUUUUUUUUUUUUUUUUACACUUAGUUGUGUUUUGAAGGGAUACAGGUAGGCGAAGCUGUGUUUUCAUUCACUUUGUCUCACAUGCUACAGGGAUCCCUUUAUACCUGUUAUAAAACCACCUAUAGGAAUAGAGCUUUAACAUUAGUAGAGUUUUGCACUAAGUAGUCAGAUACUAGGACUUUUAUUGAAGCCAUUUUUUUCAUUUGUGUCCUAUUUUGAGACUAAAACGUGUUGACUAGUGAAAUGUAAUGGCAACAAACACAUAGCAAGACAGUUUAAAGCCUUGGUGUGCUGCAACCUUGGAAAACUCACUGCCAAGAAAACACCUCUUAAUCUUCACAAUACUACCAAUGCCUUAAUAUUCUUUCCUUUACAGCACUCCUGCUUUUUUAAAAAGGUACUGUCCCAGUUUAAGGAUGCCUGUAAAAGCAAGUUGUUUGUACCUUCAGUUUAGACACUCCUACAUUUAUUGUUUUGUUUUUUGAAAUGCCACAGAUUCAUGCCCAGGAUGCUUUUGUGUUUGUGCAGUGGCCAACUUUAAAUUGGAAACGGACGCUUUGCUGCUUUAGAAACCAGUUACACCUUCUGUGACACGUUCUAAAGGUUUUCCUCAGCCUUGUUAUCAUUUAAAUAAAACCAAAUGAAAC